CCCUCCUUUAGAUAUUUUUACCCAAAACAAUUACGACCAAAAUGAAGAUUUGCAUCAAGACCGAGCAUUACCAAAUGGUUGCCGCAUACUUAGAAUGUAGCUACUGCUACCACCCACCUGCAAAAUAUGUAAAUAAAUCUCACAGUGCAUUUUAUUGAAAUCAAAAACAACUUAAUACACGAAACAAUCUGCUUUGUUCAGGCACUCAGCUAUAAUCCGCAAUAGCUUAGGGACUAAAUGCAAACAAACGCGUGGGUGGGCAUUGUCGACAGGUUUCCAUUUACUGUCUAGCAAAUCUGAAAAGUACAAGAGAAGAACAUUUAAAUGACAUUGUCUUAUUGUUUCUUAUUGUGUUUGCAUUUCCUACACUUAAGACACUUAAGACGUGCAGCUUGCUUCGUAAAGACAAACAUUAAAAUCUACUUUCUUUUACUCUAUCUCUCUCCGUCUGCAGCUUAUUUGACUUGCAGUUGCUCGGCAGGCGGUCAUGUCGGAUGAACAUCACCAACAGCAACAGCAGCAGCAGCAACAGCAGCAGCAACAUCAACGCCAGCAACUCUUGCAGCAACAGCAACAACAACAGCAACAGAAAUGCGCAGGAAAGGAUACCACGACAGCCAACUCAUCUUCGUCGUCCUCCUCGCCCACGAGUGCCGCAUCCACUGCCACACCGCGAAAGUCGAAUAUUCAUGAGAUGCGCAAUCAGGACUUUGUCAGCCGACUGAUGGCAGCCACGCCUCCCUACUUGUACUCCACACCGGUGGGUGCCAACAACUUUUUCUUUAGUGACAUGCUACGCUCACUGGUACAGGCACGCAACAACGAGAAUGCGCGCAAUCUGCAGCUGCAACAGUCGAUGGUGUUGGCACGCAGGCCACGGAAGCGCACUUGGGCUCACCACCGACCCUAUUAUGAACACUUGCGUGAGCGUAAGGAGGCGGAGGAGAAACAGCAGCUGCAGCAGCAACAACAACAACAACAGCAGCUAGCAAGCAAUGCCGCUGCGUCUGUUGGCUUGGAGAAGCCAUUGGAACUAACAAAUAAGCCAUAUUUCCACUUAGCCAAUAAAUAUCGCAAGAUGGAUGAUGCCACCAAAGAUGCAACUGAUGUUAAGGUUGGUAGGGGCGAUGCAGGCAACGUCACCACACCAGACUCAACUGCUGCCACGGCUGCUAAUGCUGAUUGUGCUGGAGCGGGCGGUGGAGGUGGUGCAGUGGAUGCCGCGCUGCAGGACACUCCGCCCGCUGCUUCACUGCCGCCACAGGAUUUGGUCUUACCGCCACCUCCGCCUGUGUGGUAUCCACCGCUCUACCCACCCUACGGCAUCGACCCAUUGCACUUCUUCAUCGAUUUACGUGUAUCGGGUCAUAUAUAUGAUCGCAAAAAAGAGAAUAUUUCGCCACUCACCAGCGCCGAUAACAGCAAUGCGACCAGUGAGUCGGAGUCAUCCGGUGGCAGUGCCACAGGUGCCAGUCUGCUGAACAAGCAUCGACAGGGUUCAGCAUUCACGGUGCCCGUACCGCGUGCAAACGACACAAAUUCCGCAGCGAGUCAUUCGCUAGAUGCCAUCAAUUUGACCUCCUCUGCAAUGGCUAGCAAAUUUGAAAAUUACACAAAAUAUUAUGAUUUGGGUGAGGCUAAAGAAAAUCAACCUUUUACGAAAAAUAGCGCCAGCUACAUGUUGCAGCAUUUGCCGCGUCUUUAUAGUCAGUUCGCGGCGCGCGAUCUCCUUGCUUCGAAUGCAGCAGCAGCUGCCGGUGGCGGUAGUAGCAACAGUUAUGAUAAUGACAAUAAAUCUGAGCCCGACUGUGAUGCUGACUCCGAUGGACCAUCCUCGGUGGAUAAUUGCGCGAGUUUUGUUGACAGUAAUCGCGAACGCGACAUCGAUGUGGAAAUUAUCGACUCGAUUAAGUAUCGCACUGAUGGCGAGAGCAGUCGUUGUUCCAGUGCAGAUGAGGCUUCAAUAACGCAAAUCGAUUAGACCUUAAGGUGGGGUAUAUAAUUACAUAAAAAUACAUAUAUAUAAGAAAUACUGUGUCGAAUUUAAUAAAAAUAAAAUAA